AUGGGGCGUCCGCUGCUCGGCGCGCCGCUCGGCCGUGGCCUCCAGAGAGCUCUCCACGGCAAGCCCUGCGGCCCGCUGCGGGCAGGCGCCCUGGCCGACCCCGAGGCGGAGGUGGCCAGGCGCGAGCGCCUCUCCCGCCCGGCGCUGGUGGCUGGCAUCUUGGGCGAGGAGACCGCCGACGGGGCACGCCUCGUGCGGAAUUGCGCCCGGCGCUGCGCGGGCGCUGCCAGGAGCUGGAGCGGGCUGGGCGGACAGGUGCAGCCCCACGCCCCUGGGACCUGGCUCGAGCGCGACCAGGUGUCGGAGGGCCGCGCCCUUGCGUUCGGGCAGGGCCUGGAGGCUGGCUGGAGGCUGGCCGAGCUCCAGGCGCGCGUGCAGGGGUUGGCGGAGCAGCAGGACGGAGCCGAGGUAAAGACCGCCGCGGGGUCGGAGCUCGAGGAGUCGUUUGCGGAGUCUGAGGGCGUGACAGCGGAGCUGCUGGCGCCCGCCGUCGAACCCUGCUUCCGCACGCGGCCCCAUAUCGCCGACGCCGAUGACGCGGAGGAGCCGCUUGUCGGGCUCGGCGUGGCGACGAGCGACGACACGAUGACCACGGCGUACUCGGACGAGUUCGCCUACCCCUCGGAGUUCGGCGUGGAACCCAGGGUUUUGUCGUACCUCGACCGUUCCGACGGGGCACUCUUGAGCGGCCGAGCGCAGGAGCAGGAGGACGACGCCGACCGCUGCGGCGUCGAGCACUGGCCCUGCAGCGAAGGCCACGAGCACAGGGAGGCCGAGGCGGUGCUCGCCGAGCAGGGGCCGCAGGAGGCCGAGCGGACUGCCCAGGCCGUCUUGAGGGGGCAGCCGGGGUUCACUCGGAAGCCUGCGGCCGACUACCACGCGGAGCUCGUGCGCGGGGCCUCAGCGCUUCGCCUCAGCUCGCAGGACCUCGAGGCGAUCGAGGCGCUCUCGCUGGAAGGUGAGGCGGAGAUCAUUGCGCAGAUGGAGCAGGCGGGUGAAGUGGAAGACUCGCUCUUGGACCUUAUGAGUCCCGACGAGGGCGAGGCAGUCGUGCUCCUCGACGCGCUGGGCGUGCCCGACGGCGCUGGCCGAGGCGCGCAGGAGUGCGACGAGGAGCUUGAUUCAGCGAAGCAGGAGCUGGUGCGCGCCAUGGAGCCUCGGCGCCUGAGGUGGAUCCGCCGACGGGUGGCAGAGAUGUGGCUGGCUCGCCUGGCUGGGUGGUUCCACCACCCCGAGGCCUGGUGCGCCCGAGACCAGCUCACCAGCUCCGAUGCCGAGUCCACCGUGCGCGGCGAGCACGAGGACGAGGCCACGUCGGAGCCGUUGAACGUCGCGCGGUCGGCUGACGCGCGCGGCGACUGUGAGAACGCAGGCGGUGGACCCCAGGCCGAAGGCCAACGGUGGGCGCGGAGGUAA